AUGAAUAAAUUCAAUAAAUUAUUUAGAAAAUCAGUUCAGUUGACACCACAACAACAACAGCAAUUACAGGGAAGUCCACCUUUGACAUCUUCAUCAUCAUCGCUAUCAACACUUCAAAAUCAUGGUGGUGGUGGUGGACAUUUAACAUCAUCGGUAUCAUCACCGAAUCUACUCUCAUCACUAGCAAACAGUGGAGGCAGUAGCAGUGGAUCUUCAGCCAGUAUAUCAUCAUCAGCAAGCACCUCAUUUUCAUCAUAUCAAAAAUUACCACUCAUCGAUUUCGAUCAAUUAUUUUUACAAUUCUUAACUGAAUCAGAUAUUUUAAGAUGUUGUUUCUUAGUACAUUCAAUAUCAACGGGUAAAAAGAUUAGUAAGUCAUGGCAACCCUUUAGCAAAAAGAAUUCGAAUGCAGCGUUUUUGUUGGUUUGUUCGCGAUUCCUGUUGGUUAUAGAUGCAUCGACACAACCACUGACAUUGCAACGUCGGUUGCCUAUUUCAGACUUGAAGGAGAUGCUCAUUGAUAGCUCCGAUGUCGGUCUAUUCUCGAUACAGUUGAAUAAGGAACAAUUUGAUAAACAACACAAUCAUCCAUUGCCAUCAACACUCUACUUCUCCACUGGAUCGGAGAAGCGUGAAUAUCAAGAUCAAAUCGUUGCUGCAUUGGAAGAAGUAACAAAAGAAUAUUUCUUACAUGAACAUAAAGGUGGAUUUGUAGUUAGAAGAUGUAAUAUGUUGAGUGGAGAGCAAACAGAGCAAAAGAAGGAAUUGAAAGAUGCAGUGCUAUUGGUACUUGAUGAGCUUUCAUUGAUGGGAUUCACUGGACAGGAUCUAUGGGAUGGUGAUGUCGAUCUCAAGCUAUGGGUUGAUAAAAUACGUCACCUUAUUAAACCAAAUAAUGAUGAGAGAUUUGUUGUUGAAUUUGUAUUGCCUGACUCUGCAUAUGACACCUCAGGUGUCUGUAAGAAAGUAUUUAGAGUACCAAAUAAUAUAUCUAUAAAAGAAAUUCAAAUACAAAAUUCAAAUGACUAUACGUUGUGUACUAUUAAAGGUAGAGAGGUGGAUCCAGAGGAUACGCUGUUGGACUAUGGAUUGGGUUCGUUGUUUGACAAUUGGCAGUUGUGUUUGACUGAGAGAGGCAAGGUGAGAAAAGCAGGUUUGUUUGAACUCGAAGUACACUAUCCAGAGAUACCAGAGUUUGCCGGUAGAUUCCAUCGUAUUACAGUGGUCGAUGGUUACCAACCUGCAGAGGUUGUAGUAAAGAAUUUGGGCAAGGAGAUGGAGAUUGGAAAACCACAUCUCUUUUCCAUCAAACUCGAGACACCAUCCGGUGUCCAAUAUCCUCAAGACCAUGAAUUCCUCACUAAAUAUGGUUUGGGUUCGAAAUUCCGUAAAUGUAAAUUAAAAUUAAUUCCCAAGAAAUUCCCAAAGGCAUCUUCCAACAGACAACAAAAUUAUAAUAUAACGAAAUCAAUUAUGGAUGAUAUUAUUGAGAAUGCAUAUCACGAGAUGGCGGAGAGAAGUGAGUUGAAAAAGAAGAUGGUUUGUAAGGAGAUCAUGGAUUGGAUGAUUGAUAUCGCUGUCGAGGAGUGUGUUCGUGCUUCUACACUUACUGUUAGAAUGGCAUCGCUCAGCUCCAUCAGCAGAGCUGCAAUGUACAAGUUUUUGGUGGUCAAAGAGCAAGAGGAUAUCAACCACUACAAGAUUGCCGGACAGAAACGCGCUGCUGACGACGCUAAAGAUCUCAUCCACGGUCUAAUGCAUCUCAGUGGUCCAUCGGCAUUCAUCAACCUCGAGAAUCAACAGGAGGCGCCUUCUCUUCAAGUACGUGUUCCACCUCCUCCACCUCCACCAAUUCUAGGCUUCCAGAAUUUCAAAAAGCGUUUGGAUACAGUCACUCCACCCAUCCAAGAAAAACAAUCAACACGUGUCGGUGGUGGUAAUUCAAAUAUGGCCAACGUUUUGGAUAUGAACCAAAUUCUAAAUAUGAGAGGUAAAUUGAAAGCGACACAACAACCAACAAAGAAAGAUGAAAAAGAAGAUGCCAAGUUUGAUGAAUCUCAAGAACUUGUAUUGAAAUCUGUAAAACUACGUCCUACUGCCAACGGUCAAAUCCCAGUAACAAACUCCAAGGAGACCACUGAACUUAUGCAAAAGCUACAAAAGAGAAAUGCUGCCGUUCAGUCCUUUUUGGUCGAGGCAGAGGAUUUGGGUGAUGCCUAA